UAUUUGAAAGGUUUAUUCUAUGAAAUUUGGUCAGACAGCUGCAUCUUUUUUCUCUCUCCUCUUUUUCUUUAUCUCUCACACAUUCAUUCAUUCUUCCCCCUUUCGCUUUGUCCCAUUAUCUCCUUCUUCUUCCUUCUUUCUUCAGAUCUCUUUUCUCUCUUCUAGGGUUUUCAAGAUCCAACUCUUCUUCUAACUCUUUCAUUUUUACAUUUAUCCUUUUUUUAUUUUGUUUUUGGUGUCUCCGAUUUCUGAUUUUCAGGCAUUAAAUGUGGAGAUCUCAUAUUUAAUUUCUGCUCUAAUUAACUUGCUAGUGGAUGAUUUCUAGGUUUGGUUCUUCAACUCCUCUUUCAAAGUGUGUUUCUGGAAUUCUGGGAAGUUGGUAUAGUAAUUGAUACACGAGAAAAGCCGAGCGCGAGUGAAAGAGAGGGUGUGGUUGGAAAAUGGAAGAGGUGGGAACACAAGUGGCUUCCCCCUUGUAUAUACACCAAAACAUUGGUGGGAGGUUUUGUGAGGGGGCUUUGAUCGGUUCGAAGCGUAGUCUUUGUUAUAAUUCUGGUAGUAAUCAUCACCAACAACAACAGCAACACUCACAAAUCCAUCGUUCUGGGCAUGGAUGGAAUCCCAAGGAUUGGGAGUGGGAUAGUUCCCAUUUCUUAGCUAGAAGUAGACCUCUUGAAUCUGAUCGGCUUCGUCUGGGUAGUCUUCAUGAGGUAUCGACUCCUAAUAACAAGGAAGUUGUCAACCCUGUUUUAAGCUCGUCCUUUACCUCGAAGAGCAGCAGCCCUCCUCAUGAUGAUCAACAAAGUGGAAAUAGUCUUCGAUUACAGCUAGGUGGGGUAGUAGACAAUAAUGGCACUGGAACCAGUUUUAACAAAACCAGCGUUGGGAAUGUUCAGAGCUCAAACUCAACAGAGGAUCCGGUUUCCUCUUCAAGGCCCAACAAGAAGGUUCGGUCUGGAUCUCCAGGCGGUGGGAACUAUCCCAUGUGUCAGGUGGAUAGUUGUAGCGAGGAUCUCUCCAAAUCUAAGGAUUAUCACAGACGCCAUAAGGUUUGCGAGUUACACAGCAAGGCCACCAAAGCACUUGUAGGCAAGCAGAUGCAGAGGUUCUGCCAGCAGUGUAGCAGGUUCCACCCACUAGCUGAAUUUGAUGAAGGUAAAAGAAGUUGUCGAAGAAGACUUGCUGGUCAUAAUAAAAGAAGAAGGAAAACUCAAGCGGAGGACACCACAUCUCCGGCCAUACAGCCUACUGACAGCCACAAGACUGGCUAUGGAAAUUUGGACAUUGUCAACUUGUUGACAGUUUUAGCACGGGGGCAAGGGAAUGCUGAACAGAAUGUUCCUCCUUGCCCAUCGUUACCUGACAAAAACCAGCUUAUGCAAAUACUGAGCAAGAUUAAUUCAUUACCUCUGCCUACGGACAUUGCAGCAAACCCUCAUAUUCCACCGUGCUCAACCAAAAAUGGUUUUGAACAAGGUGCUUUGGGUCAAAGCAAUAUGGAUGUUGAUGCAGCUUCUAGAUCAACUACCGAUCUUCUUGCUGUCCUUUCAGCCACUUUGGCAGCAUCAAGUCCAGAUUCUCUUGCGUUCUUUUCUCAGAAGAGUAAUCCUGCCAGUUGCGUGGAUAAAAAUAAGUCAACUGAUAUGGACAAGGAUACUGGCUCAGAUGCAUGUAAGAAGCCAUCUAUAGAGUUGCAGUCAUUAGGUGGAGAGAGAAGCAGUUCAAGUUAUCAAUCUCCAACUGAAGAUUCAGACAGCCAAGUUCAGGACACUCGAACAAACCUACCGUUGCAGCUGUUUAGUUCAUCACCUGGGGAUGAUAGUUCGCCUAAUCUGGUUACCUCGAGGAGGUAUUUCUCGUCUGACAGCAGCAAUCCUACUGAAGAGAGAUCACAUUCAUCGGCUGCACCUGUAACUAGAAAACUGUUUCCAUUGGAAACUGCCUCAGAAAGUGCUAGGCCUGUCAGAAUGUCAUUUAGUGAGGAGGCCAAUGUAAACGUUGAAGCAAGCCGAACUGAGACCUCUGCUUCUAGGAUGACUCUAGAGCUCUUUACCAUGGGAAAUAAAGCUGCCAGUAAUUCUUUGCAGAACCUGCCACACCAAGCAGGGUAUACUUCUUCGUCUGGUUCUGACCAUUCUCCACCAAGUUUCAAUUCAGAUCCUCAGAAGGACCGUACCGGCCGAAUCAUUUUCAAACUGUUUGAUAAGGAUCCCAGUCAAUUACCUGGAGCAUUGCGUACUCAGAUCUACAAUUGGCUUUCUAACAGUCCAUCAGAUAUGGAGAGUUACAUUAGACCUGGUUGUGUGGUUCUUUCAAUAUAUGUAUCUAUGUCAUCUGCUGCAUGGGAACAACUUGAAGAAAGCUUUCUUCAACGAGUUGAUGCAUUGGUUCAGGAUUCUGAUUUCGAAUUCUGGAGAAGUGGGAGGUUUUCUGUGAACAUUGGCAGGCAGUUAGCAGUUCAUAAGGAUGGAAGGAUUCGCAUUUGCAAACCUUGGAGCACAGUGAGUUCUCCCGAGUUGUUUGUGGUUUCUCCUUUGGCCGUUGUGAGUGGACAAGACACAUCUCUUGUCCUUAGAGGCAGGAACCUGACUUCUCCUGGUACCAAGAUUCAUUGUGCAUACAUGGGUGGGUACUCGUCAAAGGAAGUUUUGAAAUCAUCUGAUCAAGGAUUACCAUGCGAAGAGAUAAGAUUGAGUGAAUUUAAUGUGCAUGCUGCAGCUGAUUCUGUUCUAGGCCGUUGUUUUAUUGAGGUAGAAAAUGGUGUGAGAGGCAAUUGCUUUCCUAUUAUAAUAGCAGAUGCCAAAAUUUGUCAGGAGCUUAGGCUCCUUGAGCGCGAGUUUUGUGAGGCAAAAGACUCUGAUGUCAUCACUGAUGAUCAGGCCCAAUAUGUUGCAAGUCCUCAUUCUCAUGAAGCCCUGCACUUCUUAAAUGAACUCGGAUGGCUUUUCCAGAGACAAAAAUCGUCUGAUAUUGCUGUUAAUGAUUUUAUGCUUCAUCGCUUUCAGUAUCUCUUGACAUUUUCCACUGAAAGAGAUUACAGUGCUUUGGUUAAAACACUUUUGGAUAUAUUUGUUGAAGCAGAGUCUACAAUGGACGGGUUAUCGACGGAGUGUGUGGAAGCACUUUCAAACAUGCACCUCUUGCACAGGGCAGUUAAAAGGAGCUCCAGGAAGAUGGUGGACAUGCUUGUCCAUUAUUCUGCACCCUGUGGCAGUGAUUCGUCAAAGAAGUACAUCUUCCCUCCUAAUCUCCGUGGACCUGGGGGCAUCACACCUCUGCAUUUGGCUGCUUGUACAUCAGGCUCAUACGAUAUUGUAGAUGCUCUUACUAAUGAUCCCAUGCAGAUUGGACUGCAUAGCUGGAAAUCUCUUCUAGAUGAUGGUGGUCAGUCUCCAUAUUCUUAUGCUUUGAUGAGAAAUAAUCAUACACUGAAUAGCAUGGUGGCUCAAAAGCUGUCUGACAGAAAAAACAAGCAAGUCUCUGUUACUAUUGGAAAUGAGAUUGUUGAAUCCAUGGUGCCUGCUGAGGUGAGGCAAAGGCCAAGCCUGCCACUUGAUACAAAACAAAAAUCAUGUUCCAAAUGUGCUAUGAGGAGUUACAGUAGAAUGCCUGGUUCCCAUGGUUUUCUGCACCGUCCCUUUAUUCAUUCUAUGCUGACCAUUGCAGCAGUAUGUGUUUGUGUCUGCUUGUUCUUCAAAAGUUUGCAUGUAAAUUCAGUCACUCCUUUCAUGUGGGACAAUGUGGAUUUUGGGGCUAUGUAGUGCUUCGAAAGUGAGAGCUAGUUUCAUGAUAUUUCAAAGAAAGGUUAAAUGAGCUGCAACGCUCUAUCUAUUGAGGCCCAGUGGGUGGUUAUGACGUUUUGAAAGAGAAACUAUCAGGAUAUCGGUUGCAAUGGUAUGCAGGCAGUUAUUUAAGGGGCAAAACAUCGGGAUGCUAAUUACAAAAGAAAAUAUGGCCGUGUGUUCAUGGUUUUGGAAUUUUGAUGUUACAUUCCCCUUGCUGAGGCUUGAUGAAUAAAGAAUGAAAGAUUAACCGAUGCUGCUUCUAUCUUUGUUGCUUCAAUUUUUUUUGCGCCCAUCUGGAGAUUCUUUAAAUUUGAGCUUAGCCUGUUCUAUUGAUGACAGACAUUAAACUUUUGUGUUUACCUGUCAUCCAGCUCACUGAUCUACUUAGAAAAUGACAUUUGGAACAUGUUUCUUGAAUAUUUGACGUCAAAAUCUAUGGUAAGGUAAGAUGUAAGUGGUCCAUAUUAUGAGUUAUACUUCGUAGAUUUGGAGGCUGACGGUCUUGAAAAAAUAAUCAGGACAAAGAAGUACUUGAUGCUCGAUUCGUUUGCUUAUUUCUUCUUGAAAUAGCAAGAGAGUAGAGUUGUCUAUAGGUGAAAGUUGUAACUGUAAAGCAGAUGUGUAGGAUCAGUAGGUAAUUUUUGUUGUAUACUUGUCAUAAUAAUAUAUUAUGUAUACAUAUUCAUCAACAUUUUUAUUCAGCAGUAUUCUAUAUUAGCAUGUAUUAGGUGGAAAAACUAAGUUGUGGAUACCAUAAGCAUGGUCUCAUAGUGAGAUGCGAGUAUUGUUUAUAUAUAUAUGGAUGUUUCGUUGUUGUCGUAGCAUCAACAGUCUUCUGCGAAUACUAGGAAAUUAAUCAUCAAAACUGAUUGUAAAUAUGAUUUAUUACAUUGUUUGGCUUU